AUGUAUCCUACGAGGUCUAAGAGGACGGUUUAUUAUGUGGUUGCUGCAGUCAUCCUUACAAUUUAUGGGUGCACAUUUUUCACGCCAAUUCAUGCACCCCACCAUGAUUCACGUAUAAAUAAAUUAAAAAUUGCAGAUAUAGUUGAAGCCAGAGGGAACAUUGAAAAUGAAAUAUAUUCAUCAUUAAAUUUUAAAGAUGAAGAUACUAUAAGCAGAAAAUGCGAAGUAUACUUUAAACAAUAUGAGACUAGGCAGAAACGAAUAGAUCUCGAAUUCUUGGCAACUUUCGAGUUAGAUGAAUUAUUGUAUAAGAAAAAGAGAUGGUUCCGAAAUUAUUCUAUUAAUAGGAAAAAAGUACUUUCCAAACAAGGAAUUAAAUUUGGAACUGAGCAUGAGGUUGAAGCUAGUAAUUUAUACAAUGAAAAAGUUGCUAAUCAUGUCAAGUUUGAAUCCCAAACUGUUGAUGAUUUCAAUCAUUUGAGAAUAUUUGGGAAAUGUUUUUUGGAAGAGAAUGAAGUAUCCGAUGAAUUAUGUAAAUCAAAGAAUGAAUUGAAUCUCUAUCCAUGGUAUUCGGGGAAAUAUCCAUUAUUUUCCAAUUGGGAGGGGAAAUUAUUAAGAAAUGGUGAGGUCCCUAUAUUUAAAAAUAAUGAUAAGGAAUCACAUACCGGUGAUUCAAAUCAAUGUUCCCUUAGGAAAUGGCAAAAACUUAGUAAUGGAAAAGGUUUUGUAUUUCCAGUAGUUGGUUCGUUUAACACAGAUAAUUUGAAACGAAUAAUCAAAGUAUUACGAGUUUUACAGAAUGAUUUACCAAUCCAGGUUAUACAUGUGGGGGCAUUGAGCCUGAAUGAUAUCAAGGCUAUCAUAGAUGUGGGUAGAACUGAAUUAUUUACACCUCCCGAAUCCCAUCGAAAAAGAGAGAUACCGUUUAAUAUUUCAAAAGAUUAUCCUAAACAAGAUAUAUGGUUUGUUGACCUUAGAUCAGUGGUUGACCAAGAAAAGUUCCCCAAUUUUAAAGAUUAUUCAAGUUUCCAUCUUUCAUUGUCAUAUUUCUUCAAUUCUUUUCAGGAUGCGAUAAUUCUUUCUGAUAAAGUAAUCCCACUUUUACGCAAUUUAGGAACUGAUUUAUUCAAUAAUGAGAGGUAUCAGAAAUAUGGGAUAACAUUGUUCAAAAGUCCAUCAUAUCCUACCACUAAAAUGAGAAAAUUUGAUCCCGGAUUUCAUGAGGUAACAUCAUUAUUAAAGGAUUACUUAAUGCCGAGUAUUGAUGACCAUCAAGUUUUUGGUAUUUUCCAAAGAGAUAAAGUAUUAGCUACUUCAAAUCGAGUCUUGGAGAAAAACUUCCAACAACUAUUAGAUCCAAACUUGAUAGUACUCAACAAAUCAAAAGUAUUAAGUGGACUAUUAAUUACUUGUAAUAUGCAAUUUUAUAAAAUAUUCCAUUUAAGGUUUAAGCCUCCUAAUGACAAAUUACAUAGUGUUGAAUAUUUAUGGAUUGGGCAAGAAAUUGCUGGUACAAAUGAAAAAGUGAACUUUAAUAUGAUCCAUGGAACAGGUCUAGGAGUCUUGACUCCAAGUGAAAAAAGGCCGUAUGAAAUUCUUACUACAUCUGAAGAAUUAUGUUCUUCAUCUUGGGGCCAAGUGGAUGAUGCGGACGUAUUUAAAUUAUUGUAUGUUACAAGCCAUCAAGGAGAAAAUUGGAUGAAUAUGAAUCCGUCAUUCCCUAAUUCAAUUAAGGAAAGGUUCAGUAUUCCUGUCGAAAAGACAAUUGAUAAUGUUUUUCUUAAAGAUAAAGAAGACGGAGAGGAAGCAAAAAAAAUUACUAUUGAAGAAAUGGACACUCGUAUCUUUGAUGAAACUUUCGCUAUUAAUCCAUAUAGUAUCCAAUUGUCAAUGCUUCCUGCAACAUUAGAUACCCAUGUAGGGGAUGAGUUCUACCUAGAACCCAAGAAUGCGUGGUUUGAACAAGUAUUCGCAGGGAGCCAGAAGGCUCAUCCUUACUGGUGUUGCUAUGAUAUAGUUGGUAGUCCCGAUCUGGAUCAACGCGGGCGCAUCAUAUCGUACAAUAAUGCGACCCAAAGCGAAUAUAAUUUUUUAACAGAUGUUUGGUUGCAGACAUUGAGAAGUGUAAAUAGAUAA